CGCUGCAACACAUCCAUCCUGCGUGGAGCCCCGUGGGCCACAGAAGGCGCUAGGAAAAUCACGGAGCUGGGACCUUACCACACUCUCUUUCUUUCUCUCUCUCUUUCUCCGCUCUCCUCCUCCUCCUCUUCCUCUUCCUUCUCUCUCUCUCCCUCUUCUGUCGAGCUCCGUGGACGACUUGUUUCCCCGCACACGUCCUUCCCAGAAAUGUGCGUGAAGGCGAGGGGACGCCCGGCGUGUGUGUGCGUGCGUGCGUAAAGAGGCGCAAGGGAGUGCGGAGCCAGUCGAGGCAGGACACGGGAAGCUGCGAGGAGGGGACGAUUCAAAAAAGUAGGGGGGGAAAUCAGCUGCAGCGUCCGAGAAAGCCAACCAAGGAGGGACGCGCUUUUGUUUUCUCUCCUUUUUUUCCCCCUUUCCGUGUAUCUCCUUUGAACCGGGAAUGGCGACGCAGUGAAGAGGAAGAAUGCAACGCCGUAGACUCGAGUGACGCACCCGAGUCGGUUCGUGUGUGUGCGGCAAAAACUCUCAAGUGCAGCCGCUCCUUUUCUUCAUGGGGAACAUCCUCGCCUUUUGAUUUUUAAAUUCCCCCAACUCCCUCCCCCGAAAAAAAAAAGAACAGUGGACUCUCGUCGGAUGCUUCAAGUUUGAAGGAGGACUUGUUCUUCUUCUUGAACAUUUCCCACCCCUCCUUCUUCUUCUCCUCGUUUUGAUUUCGCACCGCGUCCGAAACACUCCAACAAGCCCCACGUCCGCACUGCUUGCGAAGCACUUGGAUGAACUUCCUGAUGAGAGAUCCAGUCGUCCAGGGCUCGAGUAUGGCAUAUCAUCCGUUUAUACCUCACCGGGGUCCGGAAUUUGCCAUGAGCGCCAUGCUGGGCCACCAGCCGCCCUUCUUUCCGGCUCUGGCGCUGCCCCCCAGCGGCUCGCUCUCUCUGCCGGGCGCCCUGGGCAAGCCGAUCAUGGAUCAGCUGAUGGGGGGAGCGGCCGACUCCGGGCUCCACUUUUCCUCGCUGGGUCACCAGGCCGCCGCGGCGGCCGCUGCCGCCGCGCACCUCCGACCGCUCAAGAGCCUGGAGCCCGAGGAGGAGGUGGAGGACGAUCCCAAAGUGCACCUGGAAGCCAAGGAGCUGUGGGAGCUCUUCCACAAGAGGGGCACCGAGAUGGUGAUCACUAAAUCCGGAAGGCGGAUGUUCCCCCCCUUCAAAGUGAGGUGCACGGGCCUGGACAAGAAGGCCAAGUACAUUCUCCUGAUGGAUAUCGUGGCGGCCGACGACUGCAGGUACAAGUUCCACAACUCGCGCUGGAUGGUGGCGGGCAAGGCCGACCCGGAGAUGCCGAAGAGGAUGUACAUCCACCCGGACAGCCCCGCCACGGGCGAGCAGUGGAUGUCCAAGGUGGUCAACUUCCACAAGCUCAAGCUCACCAACAACAUCUCCGACAAGCAUGGAUUUACCAUCUUGAACUCCAUGCAUAAAUAUCAGCCUCGCUUUCACAUCGUGAGGGCCAACGACAUCCUCAAGCUGCCCUACAGCACUUUUAGGACGUACGUGUUCCCCGAGACCGACUUCAUCGCGGUGACCGCUUAUCAGAACGACAAGAUAACUCAGCUUAAAAUCGAUCACAACCCUUUCGCCAAAGGCUUCCGUGACACUGGCAACGGCCGGCGGGAAAAGAGGAAACAGUUGGCCCUGCAGUCCAUCCGCUCGUACGAGGAGCAGCAGAAGAAGGAGAACGGAGCUUCGGACGACUCCUCCGGGGAGCAGGCCCCCUUCAAGUGCUUCGGUCAGGCCUCCUCCCCUGCCGUGUCCACUGUGGGGCCCCCACACCUCAAAGACUUGUGUGACAGCGACGAGGACAGCGACGACGAGAGCAAAGACGGUCACGUCAAAGACGGUCCAGACUCCAGCAAGAUCUCGACUACGACGGAGGACGGCAAAGAGCACGACGCCAGCCCGCUCAAGGGCCACCUGUUCGGGGGAGGCGGCGUCGGCGGCGUCGUCGUCGGCUGCGGCGGCCCCACCGGCCGAACCCGAGACGGCGGCAGCCCGAGGACCGAGCGAGGCCGGGCGGACUCUCGACAGAGCCCCAUCACCGUCAUCUCCAGCACCACGCGCUCCGGGGAGGAUGUGAAGAGCCCCAGCCUGGAGCCGGUCAAGGAGGACGAGUGCCGGCCGCCGGGCAAGGACGCCUUCGCGCCGUUAACUGUGCAGACGGAGGCCGCGCACAUGGGCCAUCACGGCCACAUGCCCAACUUUGGAUUUGCCGGCGGCCUGACGGGACAGCAGUUUUUCAACCACUUGGGGGGCGCGCACCCGUUCCUCCUGCACCCGGGUCAGUUCAACAUGGGCGGCGCCUUCUCAAACAUGGCCGCUGGCAUGGGGCCCCUACUGGCCGCAGUGUCUACGGGAGGGGUGAGCACCAUGGACACCAGCAGCAUGGCGUCCUCCCCUCAGAGCCUAGCGGGGGCUCCGGGCCUGCCCUUCCAUCUGCAGCAACACGUCCUGGCCUCGCAGGGUCUGGCCAUGUCCCCCUUCGGAAGCCUGUUCCCCUACCCGUACACGUACAUGGCGGCAGCCGCGGCAGCCUCUUCCGCAGCCGCCGCCUCAUCCUCAUCAUCAUCGUCGGUGCACCGGCACCCCUUCUUGAACGCGGUGCGCCCCCGCCUCAGGUACAACCCCUACUCGCUCCCCAUGACUGUACCGGACAGCACGCUGCUCAGCACGGCCGCCGCCGCCGCCUCGGCCUCGGAGCUAAAGGGGGACGUGCUGGUGCCGGCCAGCCCGGCGUCGGCCCAGCUCGACUCGUCCACAUCUGAGGUGACGAGUCGCUCGGUGUCGCCCAAAUUGUGCGCGGACAAGGAGGGCGCCAACGAGCUGCAGAGCAUCCAGCGCCUCGUCAGCGGGCUGGACUCAAACCAGGACAGGUCGAGAAGUGGGUCGCCCUGAGGAGAACGAGGAAAGGGAGGGGCGGGGGGGGGGGGGGGGGGGGGGGCCCCCCCCUCCCUUUUUCAUUCACACGCUUUUUAUUUCUUGUCAUUUCCCAAAUAUCUUGAAAGACAACAGGAGGACUUUGUUCAUAGCGGGUCUUUCGAGAGAAACCUAGUUGAGUUUCUGAAAUGCACUUUGGUUUAAUACACAUCUGAUAUGUAUUGUUUUUCUUUUUAAAUUAAAAAAAAACAACACUUAACCUGUCUUUUUUUUUGUAAUACCGUACAAGUAUUGAAACUGCAAAGUGGUCAAAUGGGUGAGACUUCACGAAUUGAAGUUGCUGCUGUCGCCUAACUGCAUAGUACACGACGAAAUGUUUUGGGUUUUUUUUUUUAAUUUCUUAUACUUCUUCCCAAUAUGCACUCUGAAUUUACACCUUUGGAUUUCCACUACCAGUGAACAUGACCUACCUUGAAGAGACUGCUGUAUUUUAUUGUACAAUUUCAAUUUUAACCAAUUGCCCCCCCCCCUAAAAAAAAAAAGAAAAAAAAGUUGCAUGUCCUCCCCCUUCCUCCUCCUAUCGUGAAUGUUCUUUAAAACAGUGGGUGGGGGGAGAAACAUUUCUUUUCACAAUAUACAUCUUCAAUUGGAAUUGCUUUCUUUUUGUAUGUUUGUUUGUUUGUUUCUUUUCCAUCCCAAAACUGCUCUGGGUAAAAAAUAAAGGCCCAAGAGUAAUUAAUGUUCAAUAGGCAAAGGGAAGCAGAAAAGUCAAAUAUAUAACAACAACAAUAACAACAUGAAAGUUAGUAUUGAGUCUACAUGUACAUAUGAGUAUAUAAAAUAUUUAUGUAUAAUUAUUUCAUAUUGUUGCGUGUAAAUAAAAAA